AUGCUUGAGCAAAAGGUAGUGACUUUUGAGCCGGGCGAUGGUUUCAGCAUCGUCGGCGCUGAAAUCUUUGUCGACGAGCAAGACUACGAGGGCGUCCAUAUUGCGGCAAACAACCUCUCGCAGGACUUUACCAAGGUCACCGGACAGCGCUGCAAUCCAAUUGUCAAGACUCGCCCUUCGGCUCCACCGGCUCGUUCAUGUAUCGUCAUCGGCUCUCUCACUAAAUCGCCCUUGAUCCAGCAGCUGAAGGAGCAAGGCAAGAUUGACCCUAGCCAAAUUGAAGGUAAAUGGGAAUCUUGGAUCACAACAGUCGUACACGAGCCCUUUGAUGGCUAUGAUGAUGCCCUGGUCAUUGCUGGGAGCGACAAGCGAGGAACCAUCUUUGGAACCUACUCCCUCUCGGAGCAGAUUGGCGUAUCGCCAUGGCAUUGGUGGGCGGAUGUGCCCCCAAAGAAGCAGCAGCAAAUCUACGCUUUGCCUGUAACCACAAGCAAUGGCGAGCCCAGUGUCAAAUAUCGUGGCAUCUUUAUUAACGAUGAGUGCCCUGGCAUGGACAGCUGGGUACACGAGAAAUUCGGCCCCACGUUUGAUUCCAACCUGUAUCAUUACAUCUUUGAGCUUCUCUUGCGCCUCAAGGCCAAUUUCAUGUGGCCUGCAAUGUGGAGGGGAUAUCCAUAUCCGGGACGGUCGUUUUUCGUGGACGACCCCAAGAACCAGGAGCUUGCAGAUACUUACGGUAUUGUCAUGGGCACUUCUCACCAUGAGCCGAUGCAGAGGGCCAUGAAUGAGUGGUCUACUACUCAACCAGGAGGCACCUGGAAUUGGGAUACAAACAAAGAAAAGGUCACGCAGUACUUUGAAGAGGGAGCCGAGAGAGCUGUGCCUUACGAAUCCUACUUUACGAUGGGAAUGAGAGGCGAAGGCGAUGUACCAAUGACCGGAGGCGAUCCUGUAAAGAUCCUCACCGAAGUACUUGAUGUACAAAGAAAUAUUAUCAAGAAGAAUUACGGCAAGGAAGACGGCGUUUUGCAGCUCAUGGCACUCUACAAAGAGGUUCAAGGAUACUACGAAAAGGGACUCAAGAUUCCCGAUGACGUGACCCUCUUAUUUGGCGACGAUAACUUUGGCAAUCUCCGUCGUCUUCCAACAGAAGAAGAGAACAAGCGAUCUGGAGGCUCAGGCUUCUAUUAUCAUUUCCAAUACACGGGCUAUCCGCGCUGCUACAGGUGGAUCAACAGCAACACCCUAGGCAAGGCCCUUCAUCAGCUCCAAUUGGCCCAUCACCGAGGUGCCGAUCGUAUUUGGAUCUUCAAUGUCGGAGACUUGAAGCCUGUUGAAGUUCCCAUGAGUUUUGCUUUUGACUUGGCUUGGGAUAUUAAUUCCAUCACGGCAACCACUCUGCCGCAAUAUUUUGAGCACCUUGCUACUCGAGAGUUUGGUGAACAGUAUGCCGGUCGGAUCGCAAAGUCCUGGUAUGACUUCAACAAGCUGGUGGCAAUUCGAAAACAAGAUCACAUUGAUGCAUCUACUUUUGUCAUCCAGAAAUACCAUGAGUCUGACAACAUCAUUGCCCGAUGGCGACAACUCUUGGGAGAAACCGAAGCCAUCUACUCGCACAUUGACGAAGAGCACAAAUCUGCUUUUUUCCAGCUCCUUUUUGCCAAGCAGCGCCGAAACACGACCAACACCAUGCUGAAAAAAUGCAUCGAACUCUUGGAUGCCGAUCAUGAUUUGUUUGAAGAGUACAAUUCUAUUUCAGACGGGAAAUGGGACCUGAUGCUUCGCCAGCCUCACUAUGGCUACGGCGAUACUGGCGCUGAACCGUCGCGCAACAUGAUUGAUGGGCUUUGCUAUGUACAGACGAAAGAAGACUCGAAUCCGAGUGUUGGCCAUAUGGGUAUCGCGGUGGAGGGUAUCGAAGGCAUCAAUCCCGGCCACAUCAACGAGGACUCGGACAGAACCCAUCCGUCCCGAGGCGGCCUUGAGCCUGGAGUGACUCUGCCUUUCAUCACCCCGUAUGGAGAGCAGACCCGCUACUUCGAGGUAUUCCAUCGCGGCACAAAGGAAUUUUCCUGGGAGGCUCGGCCACAAUAUAAGUGGAUCAAGCUUUCUCAAUAUCAAGGGCAUCUGAACCCUCGAGACGACGAUAUCAGGGUCAUCAUCACCAUUGACUGGUCAGAAGUACCCACUGAUUUUGACGCCAAAGUUAUAAUUGAAGUCAUUGGUACUCGUGAUGGUUACGAGCAGGUCCAUAUGACUGUGCGCAACAGCCGCGUUCCCGCAGAUUUUGAAGGAUUCGUCGAGGAGAGCGGCCACUUGGCCAUCGAUGCCGGCAACGUAGUUACGGCACCAUACAUUCUGCAUCCUGCUCUAGGUCGGCCAAUUGCUGGAGCUGUCACUCUACCCCUUGAUUACGAUUUUAGCAAACCAGAUGACAUCCCAUUCCUUCGAUAUCCGAUUUAUGUCUUUUCGCAGCAUGACAAUACUAAUCUUGAGCUUCAGUUCAAUAUCACUCUUGAGACUGAAAAGACGAGCAGAAUGCAGUACGACGUGCGCUUUGACGGAGGACCCAUCAAAACAUUCCGUCUCACUGACGAUGAAUCGAACGCUGAUGACGUUCCUAGAGGCUGGGCCGGGGCUGUCAUGGAUUGUGUCUGGAAGAAGGGGCACAACUUGGGUACGGUGAAGAAGGGCAGUCACACUAUUGAAGUCCGCUUCCGGAGCCAGAAUGUCUGUCUAGAGAAGUUGAUUCUUGACCUUGGCGAUUUGCGGUACACGUACCUGGGGCCUCCACAGAGUGCCUAUGUCAAGAAGGGAGAGAGUCAGGCUGUGAGUGUUAUUGGGCAAUUGGAUAGCUUGAAGAUUGAUUUGGGAUUUUAA